AUGUCGGAAUAUCGAAAUCAUGAUGAUGAUGAUGAUGAUGAUGGUGUCGUUAAAAAAUUUAAAUCCGCUCAAGAUUUUAAAGAAUAUUUUUUGGAUGGUUCGAAAUUUGAAAAAUGCAGUAAAAAUGAUUCUUCGGUUAACGAUAAUAAAAGACGAGCAUCGAUACCCGCGAAUUUAAAUAAUUACAACAUUCGAAUUUACAAUAGCAGACGAUAUUCGGAAAUUGUGUUAGGACCGACGGUUAGAGUACAACGGGAACGUUUAAGUAAAUCAGACACGAACAGUGCAUCGAAAAUAAAUGGAGGUUUAAGUGAUACAUUAAAUAAAAGAAUUAAAUCUAAAAAUCAAAUAACUCGCAGUCAUAAUAUUAAUAAUGAUGAUAAUAAUGAUGAUUUUAUCGUUGAAGAAGAUAAAAACAAUGAAGGAGAAGAAAAUGGAAAACAAAUAUCAAAAAAUUUUAUUAAUCAUUUGGAAGAAACGGUCGAAGAAAGUGAUGGUGGAAUCGUGUACGAAAGUGAUGAUGAUGAAUUUGAAGAAAAAUAUGGAAAAUUUAAAGGAACGGAUGGGAAAAGGAAAAGUUGGGAUAGAGAUUCGAAUGAAAGCGAGAAAAAUAUGACAAACGGAUACGGAAAUGAAAAUAAAAACAAAACGAAUUUGAAACGUGUUGGUGACGAUUUGGAAAAUGAAGAGACCGAUGGAAAAUUUUCAUACGGUCGGAAAAAUUCUACGGAUACUUCAUAUAGAAUUAAUAUAGACGUUAGAUCUGAUGCUUUUCAAAGAAGAUGUAACGGGGAAAUGACGUAUGAAGAGAGGAAAAAUCAUAAGGAAAAUAUAGAAAACUGCCAAAAUAAUAUAAAAACAGUAGUUUUAUCAUAUUUUAAUUUAUCUCACACAAAAUGGGAUCUUGCCAACGUUAAUGGGACCAGACAUUGGGAAAAAAGAUCAUCGCGUGCUACAAUUCACCCGAUAUCAAAUUCCAUAUCCAGAGACGUUUUCGGACCAAAAAUAAGUGCCAUAAGUGAUGAAGAAACGACUUCUUCCCCUCAUUUUAACGAUAAACACGACAACGUUUCUCGAAUAAAUGACAUCGAAUAUGCUUCUGGGGGUCUUUUGAGUGGCGUUGAUGAAGAAUUACCUUCUUCUGCUCCCUACAGACCUCCAAAAUCAGAAACGUUACUUUUUUCCGAUGGUAAAAGAAGGAUCGAUAUGGUUUUAGUUUACGAAGAAGAAGAUUUAGGUGUCAUGAGAGAAUCCGAAGCAUUGAAAAAAGAAAAAAGAAAAAGGUUUAAGGAAAAUUUAGAAAGAGAAGGAUUAGAAUUCGAAUUGGAAGACAAAAAGGUUUCUUUUGAUGAAAAAACAUACUUUUUAAAAAUUCACGCACCCUGGCAAGUCAUGACGAGAUAUGCUGAACUUAUGAAUAUUAAAAUGCCAAUCAAAAGAUUAAUAACAAUUUCAGUGAAAUCUGAGAGAAAUCAAGGGAAAAAAGAAGAAAAUGAUGACGGAUCGAUAAAAGCUUUUUUCAAUAAACUUUUUGAAUAUGAUCAUACGAGAAUACCUGAUGAACCUUCAUUUUACAAAGCGACAUUUACAAGAAACGAAGAAGAUCAAUUUGUCGUUAAAGAUAGAGAAUCAUUUUUCACGGGUGCUCAAAGAAGUCAAAUCGUUUGGGAAAUAUUAAUGAGAGCUAAAUAUGACGUCACCGAAAAGGUUGGCAUUCGUAGACUUUUAAACGAUCAAACUUAUAUUGCCGCGUAUCCUCUUCACGAGGGCGCUUACGACGAAGAUGGAGAAAACGGUUUUUUAUACGAUCGUCGUUUAUUAUAUUUAGAAUGGGCAAGACCUUCUAAAUGGUUUAAAAAACAACCAUUAUGGUUGGUAAGAAAAUAUUUCGGUGAUAAAAUAGCACUAUAUUUUGCCUGGUUGGGUUUCUAUACAAAUAUGCUUGCUCUACCUGCCAUUGUUGGAGUUUUUUGUUUUCUAUACGGUUUGGGAAGUUUGGAAAAUAGCGAUAACAUUCCAGGAAAUGAAAUAUGCGAUUUGAAAGGAGCUGGAAAUUUAACUCUUUGUCCAAUGUGCGAUAAAGCUUGCAGAUAUAUUAAAUUAGGUGAUUCUUGCAUGUAUGCCAAAAUGACUUAUUUAUUCGAUAAUCCAUCGACCGUUUUUUUUGCUAUAUUUAUGUCCUUUUGGGCAACAACUUAUUUGGAAAUGUGGAAAAGACAACAAAGCAUUAUAGUUUGGGAAUGGGAUCUUCAAAAUAUUGAAGACGAUGAAGAACCACGUCCAGAAUUUGAAACUUCUGUUAAAACGUUUAGAAUAAAUCCAGUUACGAGAGAAAGAGAACCUUACAUGCCGUUAUGGAAUAAAGCAUUAAGAUUUUUAGCAACGAGUGCUACCGUUUUAUGUAUGAUAUUUGUGGUGAUCGGUGCUGUUUUAGGAACGAUAAUUUAUAGAAUUAGUCUCGUUGCCGUUAUUUACAGCGGCGGUGGUACACUUUUAAAAGAUCAUGCCAAAAUAUUUACUUCCAUGACAGCGGCCUUAAUUAAUUUAAUUAUAAUUAUGAUAUUGACAAGAUUUUAUCAUUCAUUAGCAAUAUGGUUGACAAAUAUAGAAAAUCCUAGAACACAAAGAGAAUACGAAGAUUCGUUUACGUUUAAAAUAUUCCUUUUCGAAUUUGUUAAUUUUUAUUCAUCUCUAAUAUACAUAGCUUUUUUUAAAGGAAGAUUUUUUAUGCAUCCUGGAGAUACGGCAGCCAGAAGUUCAGAAUUUUUAAAAUUGAAAGGAGACGUUUGCGAUCCAGCAGGUUGUUUAAGCGAACUUUGCAUACAAUUAGCUAUUAUAAUGAUUGGAAAACAAUGUUUGAAUAACGUCUUGGAAUUAUUAUAUCCAAAAUUUUGGAAUUGGUGGUAUAGGAGAGUUCAUAGCAGUCAUACGAAAAAAGGUUUUACGAGAAAAUUAACAAGAUGGGAAGAAGAUUAUCAAAUGCAAGAUGCUGGACGUUUAGCACUUUUCGAAGAAUAUUUAGAAAUGGUUUUACAAUAUGGAUUCGUUACAUUAUUCGUUGCCGCUUUUCCACUCGCUCCACUUUUUGCAUUUUUAAAUAAUAUAGGAGAAAUAAGAUUAGAUGCUUAUAAAAUGGUUACGCAAUCGAGGAGGCCAUUAGCUGAAAGAGUACAAAAUAUCGGUGCUUGGUAUGGAAUACUUAAAGGAUUGACGUAUACUGCUGUCGUAUCGAACGCUUUUGUCAUAGGUUACACGAGCGAUUUUAUUCCCCGUAUGGUUUAUAAAUUCGUUUAUUCACCGACGAACGAUUUGAGGGGUUACAUUAAAUCUUCUCUUUCCGAAUUCAACACUUCUGAUUAUACGGAAGAUAUGGGAAGUCCCGAAGAUGAUCCAGAUCCCCCGAUAUGUUAUUACAGAGGAUAUCGUAAUCCGCCAAAUCAUCCGACGGAUCCGUAUGACCUUUCACCUCAAUAUUGGCACGUUUUUGCAGCCCGAUUGGCAUUCGUCGUUGUUUUCGAACAUUUCGUAUUUGCAUUGACGGGUAUAAUGGCUUACAUAAUUCCAGACGUUCCAACAUCAGUGAGAACUCAAAUGUUGAGAGAAAAUUUAUUAGCAAAAGAAGCAAAAUACGAAAAAGGUUUAAGGACUCCCGGAGAAAAUAAUAAAGAAUUAUUAUCGGCUGUAAAAGGUUCUAAACUUGAAACUAUAUUACGAAGGGGUUCGUGGGGUAGAAGGUUUAGUAAAAUUUCAGAUGAUGUUGAUUCUCGCGUAACAACAUUUCGUGGAAGGAAGGAAAGCGGAUCGACAAAUGCUGGAAUUUCUUGA